GCCGGAAAAAGAAGUUUUGGUCAGUGAUGAAGGAAAAGGCGAAGCGUUGCCUCUCGUUGUGCGGCCAGCGACGGAGGGAAACGUGUCCGCUGAAUUCCUCCGCUCGUGGAUUUCGAGGAACACAGAAUGGCUCGAUGGAAAACUACUCAAACACGGUGCGGUACUGUUUCGUGGAUUUCGCGUGGAGACGGGGCGGCAAUUCCAGACCGUGGUCCAGCAAUACUGCCCCUCUCUCUCCGACGCGUACCGUGGUACGUCGCCGCGAAGACUCGUGGACGGGACGCGGUACGUGUUCUCUGCGAGCGAGCUGCCACCGUCCUAUCCCAUCCCGCAGCACAUCGAGAUGUCGUUCCUCCCAGCCCCUCCCCGCUUCCUCUUCUUCUGCUGUCUGGAAGCUCCCACUUCCGUCGGCGGGGAAACGAGUCUGUGUGACUUCAGAAAAGUUUACCAGCAACUGGACCCGGCGGUUAGAAGAGAUUUUGAGCAAAAGAGGGUAAAAAUGUUACGGGAUCUAUGUCAGUCUAUUGACAACGAAUACCACCUCUCUGUAAAGACCAGUUGCCUAUAAUGCUUGACCCAGUUUAUCUGAACUUACAUCGCUAAUGAUCACCU